UUUCCGCCUUUUACCAACAUGGCGGCUGAUGCGGAUGAAAGUAAAUAUUUUGUAAGAGAAAUUGAAAAAAGUGAUGGCUGUGCUUUAAAGGUAAAGCAGUGCUACAUUGGGGAUGUCGGUUGUGUGGUUUGGGAUGCAGCUAUCGUUCUUGCGAAAUACUUGGAGACGGAACAAUUUUAUGAGCCAUCUUCAGGAGUCAACGUGUGGUCUGGCACAACUGUAGUAGAACUUGGAGCUGGAACAGGAGUGGUUGGUCUGAUGGCAGCAACACUCGGAGCACAAGUUAUAGUCACAGACUUGGAAGACUUGCAGAACCUCCUGAAGGUGAACAUCCAAGAAAACCAGACACUCAUCAGCAGUGGGUCCAUAACUGCCAAGGUACUGAAAUGGGGUGAUGAUGUGUCUGAGUUCUUGCCUCCCCCACAUUAUAUCCUGAUGGCAGAUUGCAUCUAUUAUGAGCAGUCAAUUGUUCCAUUAGUGGAGAGUUUGAAACUGCUUUCUGGACCAGAGACAUGCAUUAUUUGCUGUUAUGAGCAACGAACAGAGGGUGUCAAUCCAGCGGUGGAAAGGAAGUUUUUUGAGUUGCUGCAACAAACCUUCAACUGUGAGAGGAUCCCUUCUGAAAAACAAGACCCAGAGUUCAGCAGUCCAGAUAUCCACAUUCUUCACAUUCGAAAAAAAGUAUAUUUACAGUGAUGUUAGUCUUUUUAAUGUCUAUCCCAAUAGCAGACAAUCAUAUCAAAGUUGAAAGUCAACAUAACUACUGUAAGAGAUUUUCUGUAUUUAAUACUUAAUACUUAAUUUUAACGGAAACAUUUUCUUAAUAAAGAAAUAAAAACA